AUGCGAAUGCUAGCGUAUGGUGUUGCUGCCGAUGCAGUCGAUGAAUAUAUCAAAAUAGGAGGUACUACAACAUUAGAGUGCUUGCGUCGAUUCUGUAAAGGAAUCAUCCAACUUUAUGAGCAAGAAUAUCUCAGAGCUCCAACUCAAGAGGACCUACAAAGAAUUCUCCAUGUUAGUGAAAUGCGAGGGUUUCCUGGAAUGGUCGGGAGUAUUGAUUGCAUGCAUUGGGAAUGGAUAAAUUGUCCAACGGCGUGGAAAGGUCAAUUUAUUAGGGGAGAUAAGGGAACCACCACUGUUAUACUUGAAGCAGUUGCAUCUCAUGAUCUAUGGAUUUGGCAUGCAUUUUUCGGAUGUCCGAGUACACUAAACGAUAUAAACGUUCUAGAUCGUUCGCCGGUAUUUGAUGAUGUUGAACAAGGAAAUACUCCGAGAGUGAACUUUUUCGUCAACCAACAUCCGUAUGACAUGGCAUACUUUCUAGCUGAUGGUAUCUAUCCUUCUUAUCCAACUUUUGUCAAAUCAAUCCGACUUUCUCAGAGUGAACCAGACAAGUUAUUUGCAAAACAUAAAGAAGGAUGCCGGAAGGAUAUCGAACGUGCAUUUGGAGUGUUACAGGCUCGAUUCAAAAUCAUUCGUGAACCAGCUCGCAUGUGGGACAUAUCCAAUUUGGCUAUCAUCAUGCGGUCAUGUAUCAUAUUGUAUAAAAUGAUUGUUGAGGAUGAACGAGAUACAUAUGCUCAACACUGGACCGAUUAUGAUCAAUCUGAGGCAAGUGGUUCAACAAGCACACCACAUUCAUUUUCGACAGAGGUGUUACCCGUAUUUGCAAAUCAUGUCUGAGCUAGAUCUGAAUUACGUGAUUCAAAUGUACAUCACGAACUGCAA